AGCAGCAGCGCGCCAUGUGGCAGCAGCAGCAAGCGGCGAUGCAGCAGCAAAUGGCGAUGCAGCAGCAGGUGCUCAUGCAGCAGCAAGUCUUGCAGCAGCAGCAGCAGAUGGCGGGGGCCAUGGGCAUGGCGCCUGUCAUGCCGCAGCAGCAGCAGCAGCAGGCCGAGGACGCCAACCGCUUUUCGGACAAUCUGCUGUGACCGGUGGCAGGCGGGCGGCGGCGUGGACGGGGCGGUGGGAUGUGACGCUGCGUGCAGAGCCGCUGAAUGCCAUUUGGGGUGUGGGUGCGGUCGGGUAGCAAUGUGAGGCGCAGGAGCAGCUCUGUGGUAUGGGUAUUCCCGGGGAGGCGGUCUCUUGCGGCAGGGCGCUGGGGGCUCUGGGGGUUGCACACCGAGAUGUGUUUAUGGGGUAGAGCCGGGCGUGUGCAGUCGGUGCGUGCGUGCGCACACAUGGUGUGCGCGAUGUGCAUGUCAUGCGUGUCGCGCGGCAGUCGGGCAACUCCUCUCGGAGCGCCGUAUAUACGUCUGAGAUUUUU